AUGCAGAGCGACUUUUUCGGCCAGUUUGUCGACCUGGACCACGACGGCCCCGUCACCACAAGCGCCGGCGAUGCCUUCCACGCCCAUGCCAUGACCGCGGCCUUGGCCGGCGGGCCCGAGUCCGUCUUCCUCACGGGGGAGGCCCAUCUCCCUCACAACCACAUGUCUGAGAGCACCGGCUCGUCAGGCGUAUCGACCUCGGACGAGCUGGAUUUCCUCUCCAACAGCUCUCACAUGGGGCCGGCUGCCUCGUCUGUAAGCCAUGAAAUUGAUCCCAAAGACCUCGCCAUCGGCGCAGAGUCUCACCUAUCCCAGCAAUUCGAGUACCUCGGCCGCGGCUCCAUGUCGGAGACGGAUCUCACCCGACUCGAGAGCAUCUCGCUCCACUCGCCGCAAAAGGGAUCAGCCGUGUCGGAUCCAGCAUCGCCCACGCCGCCCAACACGGCGGCCCGCAAGCCCAAGAAGUUCGUCGAGGCGCUCUCGUCAACGAUUCGCAAGGCGACCAACUUGCGAAAGACGAGAAAGCCGGCGCCCAUCCAGAGGACUGGCUCGCCGGAGCCAGAAGAGCAGCCUCAACCUCUCAAGCCCCCAAAGCAACGACGCGGGCGGACGCGCACCGUCACGCACGGCAACACAUCUCACUCGCCCCCAACCCAGCAGCAGCAGCACCAGAACGCGGCAAGCGCCCAGUUCAUACACGGCUUCUGCGACGACCCAUUCAGCGAAAACAACCCUCCUCCGCUGCCGGCGGCAGCCUCGAUGCAGUACUAUGGCCAGUCCGGCAUCAACACGCCCAUCGAGUCGCCGGGCGUCAAAAGCGAGCCUGGGCAAUUCCCGGACCCCGCUGGCGUCCACGUCCCGUCGGGCUCUGCCUGGCAGCACCACCAACAACAGGUCAUGACGCCAGACCAGUGGAAUGGCGCCGGAGGCGAGUACAUCACCACCGGGCAGGAGCCCGGCUGGUGGGACAUGGGCAUGAUGUCGCAGGGCGCCCCGGUCAACGGAGACAUGGCGAGCCAUCACCGCAACACGAGCGUCAACCUCAACAGCCACGCACAACACAUGGGGAUGCCAUACGAGUACGCGCCGAUGGCUGACACUGGCGCCGCCGGUCUCAUGAUCCACAUGCCGCAGCCUCGACCAGGGCAACCCACCGUCGUCACCGACCUGAGCGUCAACGGCCCGACGCAUCUGCCCCCGCCGCCGGCCCCACCAAAGGCCCCGGCGACCGACCGGCCGCAUCGGCCGCCCCGCGCCAAGUCGUCGGGGGCCAGGCACAUGUCCUGCUCGCCAAUGCGCAAGCAGCGCGCCCCCUCUGCGUCACCAUCGCCCGGCCAGCCCUCCAACGUACCUCGCUCACGACACAGCUCGGGGGCCUCCAUUUCCUCGUCGCGCAGCACCUCUGGCCGGUUACCAGGUAGCAUGCCAGGCACGCCAUGCAGCGUCCGCAAGCGCCGGUCCCGCGACGUUAGCGGCGGGUCGGUGAGCAUCUCACUUGGUGGUGACGAUCUUGGCGGUGGCGGCGGCGGCGGCGGCGUUGGCUUCGUCAACUUUACGCCCAACGAUGGGUCACUCCUGAUGACGGGCGUCGCGCCGAGCGGCAGCUCCAAGACCAAGGCCCGGCGCGAAAAGGAGGCCCAAGACCGGCGGAGGCGCCUCAGCGAAGCCGCACUCAAAGCCGUCGCUGCAGCCGGCGGUGACGUUGACAAGUUGCUAGAGCAAGGAUUUGCCUUUUAA